ACUGAAGCAGAGUGGAUUGCCGAAGACAGGAGAGGUGUUAUAAGGAUACACAGAGAUUUCACUUAUAAGGAUCCAAUGACUGUAUCUUUAUAAGAGAAAAGAGAGGAAGAUUUGGACACAAAGACACAGAAGAGAAGAUGCCAUGAAGAUCAGAGUAAUAGAGCUGACAAGCUGAGGGACACGAGGAACCACUGGGUGUUUCAGUGUACAGGCCCAUGUAAGGGAUGUGCGUGCUCAGCCGCUCAGUGGUGUCCACCUCUUUGCAACCAUAUGGACUAUAGCCUACCAGACUCCUCUGUCCGUGGGAUUUUUCCAGGUAAACUGUGGAAGUGAAGUUUUGAAGGAUGGGUAAAGACUUUCGUUAUUACUUCCAGCACCCCUGGUCUCGCAUGAUCGUGGCUUACUUGGUGAUCUUCUUUAACUUCUUAAUAUUUGCCGAGGACCCAGUUUCUCAUAGCCAAACAGAAGCCAAUGUUAUUGUUGUUGGAAACUGUUUUUCAUUUGUAACAAAUAAAUAUCCUCGAGGAGUUGGCUGGAGGCUUCUGAAGGUGCUUCUAUGGCUACUUGCCAUUCUCAUAGGACUAAUAGCUGGCAAAUUUCUAUUCCAUCAGCGUUUGUUUGGUCAGUUGCUCCGGUUAAAAAUGUUUCGUGAGGAUCAUGGAUCAUGGAUGACAAUGUUCUUCAGCACAAUUCUCUUUCUCUUCAUCUUUUCUCACAUAUACAACACGAUUCUUCUAAUGGAUGGGACAAUGGGAGCAUAUAUCAUUACAGACUAUAUGGGCAUCCGAAAUGAAAGUUUCAUGAAAUUAGCUGCAGUAGGGACCUGGAUGGGGGACUUUGUCACAGCUUGGAUGGUCACUGAUAUGAUGCUUCAGGACAAACCCUAUCCUGAUUGGGGAAAAUCUGCAAGAGCUUUCUGGAAGAAAGGAAAUGUUAGGAUCAUUUUAUUCUGGACAGUUCUUUUUACUCUGACGUCUGUGGUUGUACUUGUCAUUACAACUGACUGGAUCAGCUGGGACAAGCUGAAUCGGGGAUUUUUGCCCAGUGAUGAAGUUUCCAGAGCCUUCCUGGCUUCUUUCAUCUUGGUCUUUGACCUCCUUAUUGUAAUGCAGGACUGGGAAUUUCCACAUUUCAUGGGAGAUGUUGAUGUAAAUCUUCCCGGUUUGCAUACUCCUCAUAUGCAGUUCAAGAUUCCUUUCUUCCAGAAGAUCUUCAAGGAGGAAUAUCAUAUUCACAUAACAGGCAAAUGGUUUAACUAUGGAAUUAUCUUUCUCGUCUUGAUUUUGGAUCUUAAUAUGUGGAAGAACCAGAUAUUUUAUAAGCCUCAUGAAUAUGGACAGUAUAUUGGCCCAGGACAGAAGAUAUAUACAGUCAAAGACUCAGAGAGUCUAAAGGAUUUGAACAGAACCAAGCUAUCCUGGGAAUGGCGGUCCAACCACACCAACCCUCGGACUAAUAAAACUUAUGUUGAGGGAGACAUGUUCCUCCACAGCAGGUUCAUAGGGGCAAGCCUCGAUGUCAAGUGUCUGGCUUUUGUUCCAAGUUUAAUAGCUUUUGUGUGGUUUGGAUUCUUCAUUUGGUUCUUUGGACGGUUUUUGAAAAAUGAGCAAGGCAUGGAGAAUCAAGACAAAACUUACACUCGCAUGAGAAGGAAAUCCCCCUCAGAACACAGCAAGGACAUGGGAAUCACAAGAGAAAACACCCAGGCCUCGGUGGAAGACCCACUGAAUGACCCUGCCUUGGUGUGCAUCAGGUCUGACUUCAAUGAGAUCGUCUACAAGUCUUCCCACCUAACAUCGGAGAACUUGAGCUCGCACUUGCAUGAAUCAGCCAGCACCACUGAGGGUGACGGGGAUCCAACGACUUCUAAAAGUACACCGACGAACUAGAUCCACUUUUGGGGAAAGCACAAAGAGCAGCCUUGAGUGUAACUUUCAGAAGUUAGUCUUUCCUUUCGUAAAUGUGAGGUUUACAUAGCAUUAGGUAAAGAAAUACAAAUGAUGCCACAACGGUGCUCAACAUGCUUUUUCUAGGACUCAUUGUUUUCUAUUUGUAUUAUUAUGAUACCUGUGCCUACAGUAUAUCUAACAGUCCUCUAGAGAUUGCUUUUCACAGUUGCACAAGCUAUUUACUGACUUUACAGCCUACUAGAUUAGCUGGUU